AAUGAAUUGAACUAAAAAAGAAAGCUCUGUUUUGAGAAAUCGAUAUGCGUGCAAUACAAACUCUCUCUCUUCUCUCUCUUCCCUGACUUUAUUCCCACUGUUUCAGCUCAGAUCACUGUCUCAUCUUUCUCUCUCUUCAAGUUUUUUGAACUCAGUUGUUUGUUGUUGUUGUUGAUGUUCUUGAACAAGCUUAGCUUAGGGUUCCUUUCUUCAUUCAUUGUUUUCUUCUUAUAGUACUAACUAGUUCAAAACUUCAGUUUUCUUCAUACCAUCUUUCUCUUUCUUCUUCCUCAAGCUCCAUAGAGGAAGAAGAAGCACUUAAGUUAAAAGGGUCGGUUCAAAGUUCAAAUUUUUACAACUUUUUUUUUUAUGGCUUUUACAUUGGGCUUUUGCCCAAAUAAAAGAAAAACGCGUAAAUUUAGUUGAGAAGCUUCCAAGUUAGAAGCUGUUUUUUUACUUCUUCUAGAGAUAAGACAGCAAAAAAUUCCGGUUUUUUUGAGACAAAAAAACAUUUGCUGCCACUGGUUUUGUUGAAAACCAGAAAAGGAAAAAAAAAAAGUAACGGUUUUUAAGGUUGUGUGAACAAGGAUUUCAUGUUUCACUAGUUGGAACUAUUGGUUUUUAGUUCAGUUUCACUUCUGAAGUUUCUGUGAUACUUGGUCUUUUUUACUUGGUUACACAUAUUUAUUUGUUUGUAAUCGUAAUUGUAUUUGUAUGUGUAUUUGUACUUGUAUUUUGUGUGUGUAGUGUACUAUAAACACAACCCUUAUUUGGGGUCUUAAGAGUGUUCUGUGCUGUGUUGUAUUGUAUUGUGCUGUAUUGCCCUUUUUGGUUUUAUUCUAGGGUGUGAUUGUUUAAGUUAAUUUGAGAUUAGGAAGAUGGCUAUGGCUGUUGCACAACAACAAAGAGAUAACAGCAUUGAGAGACACCUUGAUUCGUCUGGCAAAUAUGUGAGGUACACUGCUGAACAGAUUGAAGCUUUGGAAAAGGUUUAUGUGGAAUGCCCUAAGCCUAGUUCAUUGAGAAGGCAACAGCUGAUUCGGGAGUGCCCGGUUCUGGCCAACAUUGAGCCUAAGCAGAUCAAGGUUUGGUUUCAGAAUAGGAGGUGUAGGGAGAAGCAGAGAAAAGAGGCUUCUCAGCUUCAGAGUGUGAACAGGAAACUUUCUGCGAUGAAUAAGCUGUUGAUGGAGGAAAAUGAGAGGCUGCAGAAGCAGGUUUCACAGCUGGUGAAUGAGAAUGGAUUUAUGCGCCAGCAACUACACCCUACCCCAGCAGCUCCAAAUGCUGACGGUAGUGGCGUUGAUUCCGCGGCUGCUGCUCCUAUGAACUCAUUGAGAGAUGCUAAUAGCCCUGCUGGAUUCCUAUCAAUUGCGGAGGAGACAUUGACAGAGUUCCUUUCAAAGGCUACAGGAACUGCUGUCGAUUGGGUCCAGAUGCCUGGGAUGAAGCCUGGUCCGGAUUCGGUUGGGAUAUUUGCCAUUUCUCAAGGUGGCAACGGAGUGGCAGCUCGAGCCUGUGGUCUUGUUAGUUUAGAACCUACUAAGAUUGUGGAGAUAUUAAAAGAUCGCCCAACUUGGUACCGUGAUUGUCGGAGUUCAGAAGUUUUCACAAUGUUCCCAGCUGGAAAUGGAGGAACAAUUGAACUUGUUUACACACAGACAUAUGCUCCAAUGACACUGGCUUCUGCUCGCGACUUCUGGACUCUAAGAUACACUACAAAUUUGGAAAACGGAAGUGUUGUGGUUUGUGAAAGGUCACUGUCUGGUACUGGUGCUGGCCCUAAUGCUGCAGCCGCCUCACAGUUUGAGAGGGCUGAAAUGCUCCCUAGUGGCUAUUUGAUUCGACCAUGUGAAGGUGGAGGAUCGAUCAUCCACAUUGUAGACCACCUAAACCUGCAGGCAUGGAGUGUGCCAGAAGUGCUGCGGCCGAUCUAUGAAUCGUCGCAAAUGGUAGCUCAGAGACUGACAAUUGCGGCACUUCGCUAUAUCAGGCAAGUAGCUCAAGAAACAAGUGGUGACGUGGUGUAUAGCAUGGGUCGGCAACCUGCAGUUCUUAGAACUUUUAGCCAACGGUUGAGCAGAGGUUUCAAUGACGCUGUCAAUGGAUUCAAUGAUGAUGGUUGGUCUGUUCUGAACUGUGAUGGUGCUGAGGGUGUUACUAUUUCAGUAAAUUCAAUCAAGAAUUUGAGUGGCACUUCUAAUCCAGCAAGUUCCCUUUCACUCCUUGGAGGAAUUGUCUGUGCAAAAGCUUCUAUGUUACUCCAAAACACCACUCCUGCUGUUUUAGUUCGCUUUCUGAGGGAGCAUCGCUCGGAGUGGGCUGAUUUUAGUGUUGAUGCCUUUUCUGCUGCAUCACUUAAAGCUGGCUCCUAUGGCUAUCCUGGAAUGAGGUCUACAAAGUUCACCGGCAAUCAAGCAAUCAUGCCUCUUGGACAUACAAUUGAACAUGAAGAGAUGCUAGAAAUUAUCCGCCUUGAAGGUCUUGCUCAAGAUGAUUCUUUUGUUUCUAGGGAUGUUCAUCUCUUACAGUUAUGUACUGGAAUUGAUGAGAAUGCUGUGGGGGCUUGUUCCGAGCUCAUAUUUGCUCCAAUUGAUGACAUGUUCCCAGAAGAUGCUCCCUUAGUGCCUUCUGGUUUCCGCAUUGUCCUGUUGAAUUCUCAACCAGGUGAUACAAAGAACACAACAACAGCAAAUCGAACCUUGGAUUUGACAUCUGGUCUUGAAGUAAGCCCGGCAACAGCUCAUGCUAACGGAGACGCAUCGUGUCCUAACAAUCGAUGUGUGUUGACUGUUGCCUUUCAGUUUCCUUUUGAGAGCGGUCUGCAGGAUAAUGUUGCAGCCAUGGCACGUCAAUAUGUCCGGCGUGUAGUUUCUGCCGUGCAGGCGGUUGCAACGGCUAUAUCUCCAUCCAGUGUUAACACUUCUGGUGGAGCAAAGCUCUCCCCUGGCACUCCAGAAGCACUUACACUAGCUCAAUGGAUCUGCCAGAGUUAUAGUCAUCAUCUGGGCGCGCAACUGCUGAGAUCUGAUUCUCUUAUUGGUGAUAUGCUACUGAAACAUUUGUGGCAUCAUCCAGAUGCUAUUUUAUGCUGCUCUUUGAAGCAAGUGCCCGUAUUCAUCUUUGCUAACCAGGCUGGCCUUGACAUGUUGGAAACAACUCUAGUGGCUCUACAAGAUAUCACACUGGACAAAAUAUUUGAUGAGUCUGCACGCAAGAAUUUGAUUGCAUAUUUUGCGAAGUUAAUGCAGCAGGGGUUUGCUUGUAUGCCAGCUGGGAUCUGCAUGUCAACAAUGGGGCGACAUGCUUCAUAUGAUCAAGCCGUCGCGUGGAAAGUGCAUGCUGAAGACAACAGUGUUCAUUGCUUGGCUUUCUCAUUCAUUAAUUGGUCAUUUAUAUGACCUAUUGCUGGAUUUAAACCCCCACUUUUUUUUCCCACUUGUUGAAUACAAAAACAAGGGUAUAAUCAGGAUAAAAUUUUAAGAGGGAAAAAGAAUUCAGUUUUUUUUUUUUUUUUUUUUAUGCACAUUACAAGAUCAUGUUUGGAUCAUUUUCAUUGAAUUAGUUGUUACUUUGGUACUUAGACCAAAAUGAUUUGAUCUUGUAAAAUUUUGUUCGUACUAGAAUUUAAUAAAAUGAAGUGGGGAUUUUGAUGACA